UCUCUGUCUCUCUCCCUCUCUCUCUUCCACAUACUUGGACAACCUACACAUCCACCCUCACACUCUCACACCUCACCAUCAAACACACACAUCCGCGCUCAUCUCGCCAACAUCACCAUGUCUCAGGCAGGAAGCGUCCAGGAACGCGCCCAGUACCAUCUCUCCGCGCUCGACAAGGAGCUCAGCAAAUACCCCGUCCUCAACAACUUCGAGCAGCAGACCAGCGUCCCCAAGGUCUACGUCGCACUCGGCCUCGGCGCCCUGUACUUCUUCCUCGUCUUCUUUAACAUUGCCGGCGAGUUCCUGGUCAACACUGCCGGCUUUGCCAUCCCAGCCUACUACUCUCUCGGCGCCCUCUUCACCAGUGGCAAGGCCGAUGAUAGCCAAUGGCUCACAUACUGGGUGGUCUACGCCUUCUUGACGGUGAUUGAGUCUGCCAUCAACGCGGUCUACUGGUUCCCAUUCUACUACACCUUCAAGUUCAUCCUGGUUCUCUGGAUGGCUCUUCCCCAGACUGGUGGCGCCCAAGUCGUCUUCCGAUCGCUCCUCCAGCCACUCUUUGCGCGCUACUUUAACGACGACCCAUCCGCGACGCUCAAGGCCAAGGUCAACGCUGCUAAGGCGCAGUAGAUGUGGACAAUCAGUGAUGGAACUACGCGGACAGCAUUACUGCCUCUGCUGGUAAGGGACACACUGCGCCCGCGCGGGUCUGGCUGUGCAGGGGCAUACUUGCGCACGAGGAGGAUGACAUCACUUCGGAUGUUCUGCGAGAUUUUAUGAAAUCACGAUGCAAGCUUCGCGAUAGCAACAGCAGGCAUGUCAGGUUUGUUGAGAAUUGAGUAUAGUCGAAUAUGAUUAUGGGUGUAAGACGACGAGCAUUUAUGUGCUUUGGCUAGUGGCCUGAUUGAUAGACUUUUCCUAUGGAAAUCGCCUGUGCUGUUUCUCACCUG